AUGGCAUCGGAGUGGUGGCAGUCGAGGGCGCAGGGCACCAUCCACACCCGCAACUGCGUGCUCCUCGCACACCAGCCGAGGCUUCAACAACCAUACGCACCAGGGAACGAGGAAGCGGAGGAGAGGAAGGAGCGCAAGAAGGCGCGGGCGGUGAGGGACGCCCUGCGCGACCCCGCCCACUACUCGCGCUGGUGGCCCUCCGACCUCACUGUCGCGCCACUGGCAGAGCAGGACUGUCGGACAUCACCACCAGGCGGUGCCGAGCAGCCGACCCGCAUCCGCGUGUGCAGCCCCCUCGGGGCCUGCUGGGAGGGCGUGCUGGAGAGGGAGGAGGUGGUGGCGGGGGCGGGGGUGCGGCAGGAGUGGGCCUACGACAGGGGAGCCUUCCGCGGACGCGGGGUGUGGAGUGUGAGCCCCGCCCCAUCCCUCUCGCGCUGUAUGGCGAGCUCCUCCUCGGACGCUGCCCACCCCGGCCAGUCUGUACGGGAGCACGAUCGCCACCACAACACCAGCUGCGGAGAGGCCGCAGAACACAACAAAGAAGGCGAUGGAGAGCUGCAGCACUGGUGCGUGUGCUACGAGGCGGACCUGGAGGCCCAGGGGCGAGCGCGGCUCGGCAUGCGGCUGGGACUCGACCUGGCGCACAUGCAGGCGCGCGGAACGGACGACCUCCUCUCCUCCCUUUCCGCGCUGGCGGAGCGCAGCGUCUCUUCGGCAAAGUAG